AUGUCUAGAAGAUACGACUCCAGAACCACAAUUUUCUCGCCCGAGGGCCGGCUCUACCAGGUUGAAUAUGCACAGGAGGCUAUAUCGAAUGCUGGAACUGCCAUUGGAAUCUUGUCAGCUGAGGGCGUUGUUUUGGCGUGUGAAACAAAAGUUAUAUCCAAGUUGCUUGACAACGACGGCUCGGCAGAGAAAUUGUAUGUGAUAAACGACCAGAUGAUGUGUGCCGUUGCCGGAAUGACCGCAGAUGCCACGAUUCUUGUGAACAACGCGCGUGUCACAGCACAGCGGUACUUGAAAACAUACAACGAGGAAAUUCCUUGUGAGCUCCUCAUAAAAAGAGUAUGUGACGUGAAACAGGGAUAUACGCAGCAUGGUGGCUUGCGUCCGUUUGGUGUGAGUUUCAUUUACGCCGGCUGGGACGACAGAUAUGGCUUCCAGUUGUAUACGUCCAACCCUUCAGGCAACUACAGUGGCUGGAAGGCAACGUCGAUCGGUGCGAACAACUCGGCGGCACAGACCUUGUUGAAAAAGGAUUACAAAGAUGAUAUGCUGUUGUCAGAGGCGUGUGAGUUGGCAGUCAAGGUGCUUUCCAAAACCAUGGAUAGUGCAAAUUUGAACAGCGAUAAGUUGGAGUUUGCCACUUUGAGCAAAGGCGACCACGGUGUGAUUAGAAAGGUUUGGGCUGACGCAGAGAUUGAUGCGUUGGUCAAGAGUCUGGGUGUUUUGGACAAGACUGAUGAUGCAUAG